AUGGGUAGGGAUCAUGGGGUGGUGGCGAUCGCCGGGCAGAUCGGCGUGGUCGCGUCCGUCGCGUUGAACCUCGCCGCGCUCGCGUUCUACCUUCACGGCCGCAUCUUCGGUGCCGGUGCCGGCGAGAAGGAGGCCGGCAAGAAGAUGAAAAAGGCGGCCGCCGUAGCGCCUUCCUCGGGCAAGCCUCCGGUGGCACCUGACUCGACCAUCAACUUUGAUCACGGCGACCCGACGAUGUUCGAGGCGUUCUGGCGCGGGACGAUGGGCGAGCACGCGACGUUGGUGAUCCCGGGGUGGCAGACGAUGAGCUACUUCUCCGACGUCGGCAACCUCUGCUGGUUCCUCGAGCCCGGAUUCGAGCGCGAGGUGCGCCGCCUCCACCGCCUCGUCGGCAACGCCGCCGCCGAGGGAUACCACGUCCUCGUCGGCACCGGAUCCAUGCAGCUCUUCCAGGCCGCGCUCUACGCGCUAUCGCCACCCGCCGACGCCGGGCCCAUAAGCGUCGUCUCUCCCGUCCCCUUCUACUCCUCGUAUCCGGCGGUGACGGACUUCCUCAAGUCCGGGCGGUAUCGGUGGGCCGGAGAUGCCAACACGUUCGAGGGUGACGAGUACAUCGAGCUCGUCUGCUCGCCAAGCAACCCUGACGGCGGGAUCCGCGAGGCCGUGCUCAAGUCCAAUUCCGGCAAGGUCAUCCAUGACCUGGCCUACUACUGGCCGCAGUACACUCCCAUCACCAACAUGCUCGCUCACGACAUCAUGCUCUUCACCGUCUCCAAGUGCACCGGCCAUGCCGGCACCAGAAUUGGGUGGGCCCUGGUGAAGGACAGGGAGGUAGCAAAGAAGAUGAACAUGUUCCUGGAGCUCAACAGCAUCGGCGUCUCCAAGGACUCGCAGCUGCGUGCCGCCAAGGUACUCGAGGCGGUCGCCGAUGCCUAUGAGCGCCAGCCCGCCGAUGCUACUGGGGAUGCGAGCCUCCUCUUCCAUUACGCGCGCCGGCAGAUGACAUGCCGCUGGCGCGCGCUCCGUGCUGCCGUGGCAGCCUCAGGCAUCUUCACCCUGCCCGACGAGGUCGCAGGAUUCUGCACCUUCGCCAAGGACACCGUCAGUGCCAAUCCUGCAUUCGCAUGGCUGCGCUGUGACAAGGAAGGAGUGGAGGACCUGGAGGUCUUCCUGCGCGAGCACAAGAUCAUAACCCGCAGCGGGACAAGAUUCGGAGCUGACCCGAAGGUGGUCAGGAUCAGCAUGGUGGACACCGAUGAAGCCUUCGGCAUAUUUGUCGAUCGCCUCGCUGCCAUGAAAUAA